AUGGGUCAUAACCCAUUGGGCCCCGAAGACCAUUUCCCUGAGGCUCAGGACAUGGAAAUGGAUGAAGAUACCGAUCCUGCCGUGCCACCGUCCUGGACACCUACUCACCUCAUCGAGAUUUCUGAUGGGUCGUCCUUUCAUGGAUCAUCUUAUCGUGGUCCAGAUAGCUAUGAGGCAAGACUUGCCCAAUACGAUUGGGUGUUUACUCCCUCCUACCACUCUGCACCUCAGCAGCAGCAACAGCAGGAUCCCUCGGAGGAUUCACGUUUUGUAGCGGUCACUCCACCGCCACCACCGCCACCGGCCGAUACUAACUACAACUACGCCGAAGUUGAUCCUUACCUGGUAGCGGCAAACUACAAUGCCCUUCAUCCUGAAGGGCCCUAUGAAGGUCCCUGGACGACUGGAUACCCGACCUAUGGGUAUCAGUACCCGCCACCUCCUCAACCUCUGCAGCCGCAGCCACCGCAGAUCCAGCCGCCACAACAGCAGGAGAUUCUUCAAAGGUUGAGCCAGGUGGAGCGGGAGGUUCGAGAAGAGCAUAGAAGCCACCGGGGUUUUCUUAAAGGCUUGCAAUCAAGCUACAUGGCAGAGUCUGAAGAAAUCAACAGUCAUCCGAGAGAGAAUCAUGAUACCACCAGAAUCAACAUAGUUGGUGCGGAACUGCAGACAUUAAUAGAUAAUGCCAUUACUCGAGCUCUGGACAGACGAGAUAAUGAAUCAAGUGGUACUCGAAGCAAGACCCUGUCUGCACCUCAUUCUAAAUCACACCCUAAGACUCAUUCUGAGGCUCAUAGUAAGCCACCUUCUAAACAUCAUGAGUCACAGAAGGAUGAUGACCGACACUCCUCAAAUCAGCAUAGUGUUCCGUCUAAGAAGAUUCUAGACGAGAUGGAUACGGUAGUUGAUAUUAGCGAGUGUGCAGAGCGUGAUAUUGUGAAGUCAGCGGCUGAUUUGUCGUUAUACCUUACUCUGGAUGCGGUCAGGCUUAGAUCGCUUAAGAGUUCUGAAGAAGGAAAAAGGAAACGUGAGGAUGAUAACUCACGAUGUUCUGAUAAGAAGCAUAAGGGGAACACGAACCACAAGAAGAAUUCUGGGUCUAACAAGGGUAAUCAGCAAACAGAUGAGAAGCCAAAAUGCAAAACCUUCCAGAAGCGUCAUUUUGGAAAAUGCAGGUGUGAGAGCCUGACUACGAUCCCAAUAGCUGAACUUAAGGGGGAGUCUGAAGACGAGUUUGCAAACAAAGAGUCAGGUGACUAUCCUGGAGGAACUUGUGGAGCUUGUGGACAGGUGUCGAUCCUAGAAGCUAAAAGCACGGAUGCUUAA